GAAUAAUUACUAAUUAGUAAAGAUAAGAACACACUAAAACAACCCCAACAUUAACAUUCCCUAAAAAUAAUUAAUUCAUUCCAUUUCAUUACCCAAGCAAGCACAUUUCUCGUGCUUCCAAUUCUCUCGCUCCCUAUAAAUUCUCACACACCAAAUUCUAUCCCCAAAUUCAAACAAGAUGGUAUCAUCAUCCUCGCCGCAGCAGAAGAUUCUGGUCACCGGCGGUGCCGGCUUCAUCGGCACUCACACGGUGGUUCAGCUUCUCCAUGACGGCUUCCAUGUCUCCAUCAUCGACAAUUUCGAUAAUUCCUGCAUGGAAGCCGUCGACCGUGUCCGUGAAGUCGUUGGCCCUCACCUCUCCAAAAACCUCCAAUUCACCCAGGGUGAUCUCAGGAAUAAGGAUGACUUGGAGGAAAUCUUCUCCAAAACAAAAUUCGAUGCUGUGAUUCACUUUGCUGGGCUAAAAGCGGUUGGAGAAAGCGUUGCGAAUCCCCGUCGCUAUUUUGAUUUCAAUCUCGUUGGCACCAUCAAUCUCUAUCAAGCUAUGGCCAAGUAUAACGUUAAAAAGAUGGUUUUCUCUUCAUCUGCAACAGUUUAUGGCCAACCUCAAAAGAUACCUUGCGUGGAGGAUUUUGAUUUACAAGCCAUGAAUCCCUAUGGACGCACCAAGCUUUUCCUGGAAGAAAUUGCCCGGGAUAUCCAGAAAGCUGAGCCAGAAUGGAAGAUCAUUUUAUUGAGAUACUUCAAUCCAGUAGGGGCGCAUGAGAGUGGAAAACUUGGUGAAGAUCCUAGAGGCAUCCCAAAUAACCUCAUGCCUUACAUUCAGCAAGUAGCUGUUGGAAGGUUACCUGAACUCAAUGUAUAUGGUCAUGAUUAUCCUACAAGAGAUGGCUCUGCGAUCCGGGACUAUAUCCAUGUGAUGGACUUAGCAGAUGGUCACAUUGCAGCUCUGAGAAAGCUUUUCACCACAGAGAACAUAGGUUGUACUGCUUAUAACCUGGGAACUGGUCGGGGUACAUCUGUGCUUGAAAUGGUUACUGCAUUUGAGAAAGCUUCUGGCAAGAAAAUUCCUGUUAAAUUGUGUCCAAGAAGGCCGGGAGAUGCCACAGAGGUUUAUGCAUCUACAGAGAAAGCUGAGAAAGAACUUAGUUGGAAGGCAAAGUAUGGUGUAGAAGAGAUGUGCAGGGACCAAUGGAAUUGGGCAAAGAACAAUCCAUGGGGUUACUCGGGGAAGCCUUGAAUUAUGUACUUCCCCUACCAAUAUUUUCAUACAAAUAGGCUAUUCAUCCCUUUGAUGACUUGUGAUUUGUCUAAUCGCUUUGAUGUAUAAAUCCUUGAGAAUAAUUCGAACUAUUUCUAUACAGUCUGAUGAUCACAACCAAAGAUUGGGUCAUAUCAGCUGGAUUUAUUUA